UCAUAGUGUAAUUUAUUCUUCUUCUUCUUGACGUUGUGUGUUUCCUCACCAUAGAAUCAAUCAAUCAGUAAAGUCUUGAAUUUGAUCUUCGCACAAGUUUUCAGAACAUUUGGUGUGUGAGGAUGAAUCCUCUAAUUUGGCACAAAGUUGCUGCAAUAUCUGGAAUGGCAGCCCUUGGAUUAGGCACAUAUGGGGCUCAUGGUUUCAAACCCACCAAUCCAUCUUACAAAGAGGUGUGGAACACUGCUUCUCUAUACCAUUUAGUUCAUACUGCUGCAUUGGUUGGUGCUCCCAUGGCUAAAAACCCUAAUAUCUUUGGAGGGCUUUUGGCAACUGGAAUUGUCGCCUUCUCGGGGACGUGUUAUACGGUGGCGUUCCUUGAAGACAGAACAUAUGCUAAAGUGGCCCCACUUGGCGGAUUUGCGUUUAUUGCCGCCUGGGGAAGCUUGCUGUUCUAGAACAGCGUUCCCCUGAAGACGAACGGGUAAAAUAAUGUGAUAACGUCCCUCUUGGUUUAUGAUUAUGAGGGAUUUUUACGACUACUAAAACUAGAGAGACAAGGAUCAAUCGUUAAUCGUUAUAGUUUAUGUUUUUCCAUUUGCAAGAAGUAAAUGAACAUCUCAUCCUUUAUGCAUUUUCAUGUUGAAGUCUAAAAGUAUUUGUUUACCCUUUUGUUUUCUC